AUGAAGACGGCAGCUUAUGCCGCGGUCCUCAACCAUUCAAGGAGGACCUCGACUGCUAGAGACGACGAGGCAAGAGACAGAGACAACUAUAGCUAUGUGCCUGUGCCCCUCAGGGAAGAGACACCCGGACCAGGCCAGGAAGAAAUCCGAUUCAGUACCGACUUAGACGCGGAGCAUCAUAUUCUUCUAGAACAGCAUCUCAGAGAGUUUAGAAAGAAUAACAGCAAUAGAACUUGGAUCGUUGUUAUGGGUGCUCUUGGGGUCUUCUUGUUCUUCUACUUGGCGAUUGCAGACCAUACUAUUCAUCAUGUCAAUGCGCAAUGUGAUGGUCUUAAUGGCUUCACUUGUUCGCCUGAGAUCUCCCACUUUUGGGGACAAAGUUCUCCCUACUUUGCAGUUGCUUCAGAAAUCGCUACUGAAGUCCCGGACCAGUGUCAAAUCACAUUUGCGCAAAUCCUCUCUCGCCAUGGUGCUCGAGAUCCGACGGCAGGCAAGACUAUCAAGUAUCAAGCUUUGAUUGAUCGAAUCCACGCCAACGCUACGUCGUAUAGCGACAGCUUUGCUUUCAUUAAGGACUACAAGUACACCCUUGGAGCCGACCAGCUCACCACUUUUGGGCAACAGGAGCUUAUCAACUCCGGUAUCAAGUUCUACCAAAGAUAUAGGCCACUUGCUCAAGGCAUCACCCCUUUUGUUCGUGCAUCUGGACAAGAUCGAGUUGUGGAAUCUGCUCAAAACUGGACUCAAGGCUUCCACACCGCUCGAUUACAAGACGCUAGCUCGACUGUCAAUGAAAGCUUGCCUUUUAACAUAGUCCAGAUUAGUGAAGAUCAGGGACAAAACAACACUCUCAACCACGACCUCUGCAACAACUUUGAGGAAGGUCCCCUCAGUGAUAUUGGUGACGACGCUGUAGCGAAAUGGCAAGCUGUCUUCGCACCACCUAUCACCGCCCGUCUAAAUGAAAACCUUCCAGGUGUCAACUUGACAGAUGAUGACACUGUCAGCCUGAUGGAUAUGUGCCCUUUCAACACCGUCGCCAACGAUAAUGGCACCAUACAUCCAUUCUGCGGCCUCUUCACUGCUACUGAAUGGCAACAGUAUGAUUAUCUCGCCACCGUCGGGAAGUUUUACAGCUACUCUAUUGGAAACCCACUCGGCCCAACUCAAGGUGUGGGGUUUACCAACGAGCUCAUCGCACGCAUGACCAAGUCUGCUGUAGUGGAUAGAACGACUACAAACUCCACACUAGACGGUAACUCAACGACCUUCCCUCUUGAUGCAGUCCUCUACGCCGACUUCAGCCACGACAAUGACAUGAUGACCAUCUUCAGCGCCAUGGGCCUUUUCAACUCCACCACACCCCUCUCAAACACCACGCUCCAAACAGUACAAGAAACCCAUGGUUUCGCCGUCAACCGCCUCGUGCCUUUCAGCUCUCGUGCGUAUUUCGAGAAAAUGACUUGUACUGGUUCGGCAGAGGAGUUAGUGAGAGUGGUCAUUAAUGAUCGGGUUAUGCCGCUGGAUACUUGUGGUGGCGAUGCGCUGGGAAGGUGUACGUUGAGUGCUUGGGUUAAGAGUCUUUCGUUUGCAAGGGCGGGUGGACUUUGGGAUAGCUGUUUCACGCCUCCAGCCGGACAACAGCACGUGGAAGUUGCUAUGGUAGAUCGCACUCUUUAG